AAAUUGAGGAAAUCUGACGGUUGUUAACGGCUGUACGUGUUCUCAAAAAAUAAAACGGGUGUAGCAGAUAAAAAAUGUCUUCAUUCCUAACAUGAGAGCAAGCGAGGAACACAUCAUCUUUUCGACCGUCCCCUCUCGGUCGAGGGUUUUUUUUUCUUUUUUCUUUAUUUUUCUUCUUUCCUCUUCCUACCUCCUCCAAUUAAAACCCUAGAAACUCUCUCUCUCUCUCCCUAUUUGCCUGUAUUUUUAUUUUAUUAUCGGAAAAUAUUAAUUAGAAAAAGAUGCAGCAGCAGAGGCUGAAGCAGCAACAAGCAUUGAUGCAGCAAUCUCUCUACCACCCUGGUCUCUUAGCUGCUCCUCAGAUAGAGCCUAUCUUGAGUGGAAAUCUUCCUCCUGGAUUUGAUUCAAGUACAUGCCGCAGCGUGUACGUCGGAAACAUCCACCCACAGGUUACGGAACUGCUUCUUCAAGAGAUUUUUUCGAGUACAGGUCCCCUCGAGGGAUGCAAACUCAUUCGAAAAGAGAAGUCUUCCUAUGGUUUUGUGGACUACUUUGAUCGCAGAUCUGCUGCCCUUUCGAUCGUCUCUCUGAAUGGAAGGCAUCUGUUUGGCCAACCUAUUAAAGUUAACUGGGCAUAUGCCAGUUCUCAAAGAGAGGAUACAUCAGGUCACUUCAACAUUUUUGUUGGUGAUCUUAGUCCCGAGGUUACAGAUGCCACAUUGUUUGCUUGCUUUUCCGUGUAUCCUAGUUGCUCAGAUGCAAGGGUUAUGUGGGAUCAAAAGACUGGUCGUUCAAGGGGCUUUGGAUUUGUUUCUUUUCGAAAUCAACAGGAGGCCCAGAGUGCAAUAAAUGAUUUGAAUGGAAAGUGGCUUGGAAGCAGACAAAUUCGAUGCAACUGGGCGACAAAGGGGGCUGGCAUUAAUGAUGACAAGCAGAAUUCAGAUUCCACAAGUAUUUUGGAACUAACAAAUGGAACAUCAGAAGAUGGUCAAGAAAAGACCAAUGAUGAUGGCCCAGAGAACAAUCCUCAGUAUACAACUGUUUAUGUUGGCAAUCUUGCUCCAGAGGUUACUUCGGUUGAUCUCCACCGCCAUUUCCAUGCUCUUGGUGUUGGAGUCAUUGAAGAUGUCCGGAUACAGCGUGAUAAAGGGUUUGGCUUUGUAAGAUUCAGCACCCAUGCCGAGGCAGCUCGGGCUAUUCAGAUGGGAAAUGCACGGAUUCUCUUUGGCAAACCAAUUAAGUGCUCAUGGGGUAGCAAGCCCACUCCACCAGGAACCAGCUCGACUCCUCUACCUCCUCCAGCUGCUACUCAUAUGCUAGGUCUUUCAGUGACCGACUUUGCAGCCUAUGAACGCCAGCUGGCAUUGAGUAGGAUGGGUGGUGCACAAGCCCUGAUGCAUCCACAGGGUCAGCGAAUUGGUGCUGCUAGUCAGGCAAUCUACGAUGGUGGGUUUCCAGGCAUUGCUACAAGCCAGCCACCUAUGUACUACUAGUAAUAUUGUAUGGAAAUAUCUGUUAUCGCUUGGCAGUCAUGAAUUUAGGUUUUUCUUUUAUUUUGGGCGUGGAUUGAUGUGUCCCAUAAGUACCUGUGGUUGUAUGGUUUAUGUCGCAUGUAUUUUCAGUUGGGAAUACUGAAUUGUCUGAAGUCAUUCCCUAUCCCGAUUACAGUUUCUCUGUGGGGGUAGAACCGCAACUUUAACUUGAACGGAUCCUAGUGUAAUGCGGUAUGAAUAUUAUUGUUGACAAUAUUCUAGGCUUACUCUUUCCGUUAUUAUGUACCACCAGGAAUGCAAGGG